AUGACGGACGUGGACAUUGAUCACUGGUGUGAACAAUUCUUCCGUCAAGGGUUUGGCACUGUUUUCGAGCGGUUAGUAGGAAACUAUGGGUGUCCGCUGGUUAGCAAUCUAUUCGAUAAUGGGGAUAAUACGAUCACCAUUUUCUACGAUCUUGACUCUCUUCUAGAAGAGCAAUUCAGCAACGAAAACUCGGGUUCAAGCAACCAUGGUGUAACCAGUCGUAGAAAGCUGCAAAGAGAACAAGCAUCUAGGUCUCUGCAUCUGUCUAUGAAGUCAUUUGCUGUCUGUUGGCUCCCAACUACACUUGAGGAUAGCUCUACGACGGGUGAUUGUGAGCAAUGGGCAGAAAUAUUCCGAACCCAUUGGCGAGCUACAAGACGACAUAUGCUCAAGGCAAUCAACCAGAUAUCGUACCAGUCCAUCUUUGCGCUGUACUUGUUCGGCCAGACCCCGAUUCCCAUCGGAAUAUCUGAAGACGAACGGCUCGACGGUCUAAGCGGGAUGAUGUGCAUCCACGCAGCGCUCAAAAAUAUCCAGCAACUCCGGUCAAGGUUACGAAGCCGUGCAUUCGACAGCUCGGCAGAGCGCUUUGGCACUGGGCCACAGCCCGACACCCGGCACCUCACACUUACAUCCACGUAUAUCGAGUUGGAAAAUCGGGUGUUCUGGGCAGCAGUGGCCUGGGACACGGAACAUUCCCUCAUCUGCAAUGUGCGGUCGAGUUUGAGUACGGGGAUACGAGGAGCAUGCCGCGAACCCGCGUGGAUUCUGGCGCGAGGCUUCCUUCGCGACUCAUUCCACCCCGACUCGGAGAAAUGGAGAAGGGAAGACUUUGAAAUUACCGAGGAAAUCUCUAAACGGAUCGUGUCUGCCACCGGUGUCUGUCGUCUAUAUGUUUGGCGAACGAUUGCAUCUUUGAAAGAAGCACUCAUCGAAGGCGUGGACGAGGACAGCGUACAGCAUGGGUCCGACGCGGUGCUUGAUGGAUUAAAGACUUUCAAACAUACCAUUCAGCCUGCCCUAAACAAUUGCGAGAAAUGGCUUCAAUAUCUGAGUCAAGAAACUAGGCUGACCUGGUUUGGGGCUGUUCUGCAUUACUACUUAGGCAUUUUGAUUAUAGUCGAUGCCUUGGAGACUGCAGCUCGCGGGGACUUGUUAGAGCAGUACUCUGAUUAUGGAAUGAACGCAGAGCGAGAGUUAUUUAAUACUCUCAAAUUUGGUCUGGAGAACCGGUAUUGCAUAUCUCGUCCGGAGAAAGAAGUUAAUCCCUUUCAAGGUUCAUCCAAGCAAACCAGUACCGGAAUCCAAGCAUCACUUAUCGCUAUCGAUCCCUAUCCACACUACAUCCUUGCGUCUGUGCGAUUACUGGAUAUAGCCAUCGGCCGCAAGCGUCUUCGAGGUGACCUCGGCGAGUCAGCAUAUGUGAAUCUACGGGCUACGUUGAACAGCACACUUCAACAGCUGCCACAAGGUUCCAUGGAGGUUGCUCUUGCCAAGAAGAAAUUUCAACAAUCAACUCUAGAUCAUGGGUUGAACGGAGUUGACAGUUGA